AUGGAGUCCCUUCGUUUGAAAACCAACUACCGCUGUGUUCCGGCCCUGCAACAGUUUUACACCGGCGGCCCCUACGCCGUCUCAUCAGACGGUUCCUUCAUCGUCUGCGCAUGCGGCGAUUCCAUUAAAAUCGUCGAUUCCGCCAACGCUUCCAUCAGGUCCACCCUUGAAGGUGACUCCGAACAAGUCACCGCUCUGGCUCUUGGCCCCAACGAUAAAGUUCUAUUCUCUUCCAGCCACAGCCGCCAAAUCAGAGUUUGGGACUUAUCCACUCUCAAAUGCGUGCGCUCGUGGAAGGGUCAUGAGGGGGGUCCUGUUAUGUGUAUGGCUUGUGAUGCUUCUGGAGGGUUGCUUGCUACUGGUGGAGCGGAUAGGAAUGUCCUUGUUUGGAAUGUUGAUGCUGGAUUUUGCACGCAUUUCUAUAGAGGUCACGGUGGAGUUGUUUCUUGUGUUAUGUUUCAUCCUGAUCAUGAGAAACAGCUUCUUUUUUCUGGUAGUGAUGAUGGUGGUGAUAAUGCAACUGUAAGGGUUUGGGAUAUUUCCAAUCCCAAGCGAAAGACCUGCAUUGCAAUCCUAGAUAAUCAUCGCUCUGCAGUGACUUCCAUUGCAGUAUCUGAAGACGGAUGGACACUGCUCAGUGCUGGAAGAGAUAAGAUUGUAACAUUGUGGGAUCUUCGGAAUUAUAGUAUCAAGAAGACUGUCAUCACAAAUGAGGCAGUUGAAUCUGUUUGUCUUAUUAGUGCUGGGAGUCCUUUUGCUUCAUCAUUAGAUUCAUAUCGGCAAAAUUCAAAAAAACAUGCUGUUUCUCAAGCAACACAUUUUGUUACUGUUGGUGAACGAGGCAUUGUGCGCAUAUGGAGUUCUGAAGGUGCAGUUUGCUUGUUUGAGCAAAAAGCUUCAGAUGUUACAAACAACACAAACGAGGAUGGUUCACGUAGGGGUUUCAUUUCUGCUGUUAUGCUUGGCUCGGAUCAAGGAUUGCUUUGCGUGACUGCAGAUCAGCAGUUUCUGUUUUACUCUCUGAAUUGGAUUGAAGAGUUGUUGCAAUUAAAUCUUACCAAAAGACUAGUGGGAUAUAAUGAAGAGGUUGUAGAUAUGAAGUUUGUUGGGGAUGAUGAAAAGUUCCUUGCUCUUGCUACAAAUCUUGAACAGGUCCGGGUUUAUGACCUUGCAUCUAUGUCAUGUUCUUAUGUCUUAUCUGGUCAUACUGAAAUAAUUCUAUGCCUUGACACCUGUGUAUCAAGUUCUGGGAGAAACCUAAUUGUGACUGGAAGUAAAGAUAACACUGUUAGGUUAUGGGACUCAGAAAUUACAAGCUGCAUUGGAGUCGGUAUAGGUCACAUUGGAGCUGUUGGAGCCAUUGCAUUUUCAAAGAAAAAACGGGACUUCUUUGUUAGUGGCAGUAGUGAUCAUACUCUUAAGGUGUGGAGUAUGGAUGGUCUCUUGGACAAUUUGACAGCACCAAUUAACUUAAAAGCAAAAGCUGUUGUUGCAGCUCACGAUAAAGAUAUCAAUUCUGUAGCUGUUGCUCCAAAUGAUAGUUUAGUAUGUAGUGGUUCUCAGGACCGCACCGCAUGUGUUUGGAGACUUCCAGAUCUAGUAUCAGUAGUUGUAUUUAAAGGGCAUAAAAGAGGAAUCUGGUCUGUAGAGUUUUCCCCUGUUGAUCAAUGUGUAGUAACAGCAUCUGGGGACAAAACAAUAAGGAUAUGGGCUAUAUCUGAUGGCUCGUGUUUGAAGACAUUUGAAGGACACACUUCAAGUGUGUUAAGAGCACUGUUUGUUACUCGUGGAACACAGAUUGUUUCUUGUGGUGCUGAUGGGUUAUUAAAACUAUGGACCGUAAAAUCAAAUGAAUGUGUUGCCACAUAUGACCAUCACGAAGACAAGGUUUGGGCCUUGGCUGUAGGCAGCAAAACAGAGCUUCUUGCAACUGGUGGCAGUGAUGCUGUUGUCAAUUUAUGGCUAGAUUCCACUGCAGCUGAUAAAGAAGAAGCUUUUCGUAAAGAGGAAGAGGAAGUUUUGAAAGGUCAAGAGCUAGAGAAUGCCCUAUCAGAUGCCGACUAUACCAAGGCAGUCCAAAUUGCAUUUGAAUUGCGCAGACCCCAUAAACUUUUGGAGUUAUUUGCAGAACUUUGCAGAAAGAAAGGGGCUGAAGAUCACGUUGACAGAGCACUUAAGGCCUUUGGCAAUGAAGAGCUUCGUUUAUUAUUUAACUAUAUUCGAGAAUGGAAUACAAAACCAAAGCUCUGUUAUGUCUCACAGUUCGUGCUUUUCAGAGUUUUCAACAUCUUUCCUCCAACCGAUAUUGUUCAGAUUAAAGGGAUCGCGGAACUACUUGAAGGGCUUAUCCCAUAUAGUCAGAGGCACUUUGGCAGGAUAGACAGACUUAUGGAAUCAAAGGACGAGUUUCUAUUACGAUCUGAAAUGGAUGCUCCAGAUCAAGAAAAUGAGAACGGGGAGAAAGAUAACGUUAUUGAAAAUAAUACCGCUUCAAAGAAAAGGAAAUCACACAAAUCUAGACAUGAAAAUGGGAUUGAGGAUCAGACUCUUGAAAAUGAUACAGCUUCAAAGAAGAGAAAAUCAAACAAAUCAAAACAUGGUUCACACAAGAAAGUCAAGGAUGUCGCUUACAACAAAAUUGAAUCUAUUCAACUACAAGCAUAA